CUGUGGCCAUUGGUACAGUGGCCGACCGGUGUUGACCGUUCACAUGACGUCCGAUAACGAUGGUGAUUCCGUGGUGGUGUCAUCGGGCUGCAGUGGUCGCCCAAGUCCAGUGCCCGGCGCCAAGAGGGGUCGUGUGCCCGCCACCACCGCGGCCAAGGGGAUACUGGUGCACAACAACAAGAAAUCGGCCAACACGAAUCGUGUGAGUUUCGUUACGCACUCGUCGACGUCUCCGUCACCGGCUCCUUUGCCGCCGGCCGAGCGGCCAAAGAAAAAACAUAACCAGCCACGGCGAUCGGACGAAGAGGUUGCCGACGCCCGGUUGGCCUACCACGCCAAGACUGGCAGGCGGCUGACGGGUUUCGGCGUCAAGAGUUACUUGCACGAGUUCUAUGACGAUCCCGAUGGACUCGAAUCGUUUCAGGAUGACGACUUCAAAUACUUUGUGGAACCUGAAAUCCGUUGGUAUCACCACUGCAGUGGCGCGUACGCGGUACUCGGGCUGGCCGUCAUGGCCUUGGGAGCAAUAGCAAUGGCCGCCGGUCACCUGAUACCGGCCAAAGACCCGGUGGUCGGCCGGUCCGUCCACAUGGAGGUGAUCGACCGAAGGGCUGUCUCGUUCAACGAUCACUUGGCCUCCUGCCGUUACAUCGGUUCGGUGGUGUUCGCCGUCGGCUUCGUGUUCACCGUCGUCCGGUUUUGGGCGUCCAUGAUAAGGGGCGGCAGUGGCGUCAGUGGCAAUGGCGAAGAUCGGGUGGCUGAGAAACUGCGGCGGGCCGACGAAGAACGACCGUCGCCGAUGUCCAAGGUGCAAACCGUCCGAAUACCCAUCACGGGCACGUUGGAGAAUGUACAGCCCGACCCGGCGGCUAUAAAGCUCCAGUUCGCCGACAACAGUUGAAAGACUAUAUUAUGCAAUUUUAAAACGCAAUAUUAUUGAAUAUGUUAUAUUACCGGUAUAUUAUGCUAUAUCAUAUAUUAUACGCUAUAAUCUGGCUACAACUUAAUUUUCACAAGUGCCAGUCAGUGUUUUUCCAUUCAACAAUGAAUCGUAAUGUAUUGUUCCGUGAAUGGUAUAUUAAGAGGAUGGUACAGGGGCGUCUCCAGCCCCUUCACCCUCCCCCCACCACAACAAAAGGACGCCCCUGAGACGGUACAUGGACAUAAGUUGUUGCAUCCGUAUUACAAGUGCGUAUAACAUAGCAAAUUUAUGAACAGCAGAUCACCGUUAGCUCUGUUAGUUUAAAAAUUACAUUGAAUCGACUUAUUGUGAAACUUGAUGGUAAGAAUUUUAUCUAUGUUUGUAUGUGGGUUUUUUUACGAUGGUUCAAUUUUUAAGUGAUCAUUUUUAAUUUACGCUGUAUUUUAUACGCAACACUUACUAACAAAUUGAACUAUCGUAAAAAACAAAUGUACAAAUAAGUAAUAACACAGAUAAUUUUUUUACCAUCAAGUUUUGUAAUAGGUCGAUUAACUCUAAUUUUUAAACUAACGGAGUUAAACAUGAUCUUCUGAGUGUUCAAAUUUGAUAUGUUACGCACUUGUAAGGCGGGGACAACAAAUGGCUGUGUAGAGUCCUUAAGUAGACACCUACUGUUGUAGUAUAGAUAUUGUCGUUAUUAUUAUUAUUAUUAUUAUUUUGACAAUUAUUAGUAGAGUAUAUAAUAUUUUAUGUACUUAAAAACCUUCUGCUACAUGUACAAAAAAAAACUUGAAAUAUUCAACUUGAUAUGCUCUUAAAACUCGGAAAAUUUGGAAAAAAAGAUAGGAAGAGUAUGUCUAGCAUACAUAUUUGAGAUCAAAGGUUAGUUUUGUAGUAGCAUUUUGCUGAAUUUUCGGCAUGUAUCUCCUCUCUCAAAGUAAGGUACGGUUAUAACAAUUAGCCAUAGGUGCAAAUUCAGUUUUAAAUUUGAGAGGCUGCAAAAAAAUUUUAAGCGAAUCCUAAGAGACUAGUCCUCCCAUCCAUUGUUUAAAUGUUGUUCUUCAAAACCAAACAUAUUUUCAACAUGUAAUUACGAAAUAAUAAUAUAAACAAAACAGAUUUAGAGUCUGCAGUUAUAACAACACUUAUAUAAUGUAUACCGCCUCCGUCUAGUGUCUGGUUUCAUAAGAAAUAUGACCUUAUUAUUGCUACUAGUUACUGCGUAUUUAUAUUUUCAGAAUUUCAGACAUAAUAUAUAUUUUGUAAACAACCAAAAUCGUAACAUAGGCGAUAGGAUUACAAAUAUUGUAGGAACAUUAUGUAUAUUGAUGGUUUGUAAUAAUUAAGACUGAAAAAAUGUAAUGCUGAAA